AUGUCGCGUUUUGGAAUAGCGGUGCGGGACCCCAUCAUAUAUGCCAAGGCCACUCGCCAUCGGGAGAGGCAGGAGGGGGGUGCAAUCUGCGUGACAGGUCCAGAGGAUUGGAACCGGUCCACGGCAACUGUCACGAAACAAGCGCGAGGGAACACUGCCUCGUUCCGGGCCACGGCGCGGCGGUCCCCACGCAGCGUGUCCAUGCAGGGCGCAACCCUCCAUCGUUAUGCCGAGUCUGAGCAUGACGGCAGCAAUUUCUCCACCCAUUUCCCCUGGGCCAGCGUGCUGUCUUUGCGGCGGGGUGACGAGCUAGCCAGUCAGGGCACGGCUAUUGCACAGCUGUUGGAGUCGCAGGUGCACAUUAGCCCAGGCUUGGGCGGUCAACCGGCGUCCAUCGUAAACGCUGGACUGGGGACAAGCAUUCAGUGCCGGAAUCCUCCCGGCUUUGGUUUGCUUUUGCAGCAUGGACCCCCACGUCGCAGCGAAAUGUCAGAUCUUGGUGAGAGCCAGAAUACUGUCUUUCACUGCAUGCCCGACCCUGCGCCGGCCUUGGCAGGCUGUGGUACGCGCGGCCGUCGAGGGCGUUGGCAGCCAGAGGGCCAAGGGCCAAGGGCCAAGGGCGCAACCGAUUGAGGAGGGGUCGGGCAUGUUCUGCCCGAGGAGGUCGCUCGCCCCCACCGCACGCCCGCCGCCAAAACUCUGCGUGUUACGAAGCCUGGACAGCUGGCUCCUGACUGUUGCUGACCAACCCAGGGCCCGAGACUGGGGCCCCAUCCCCCAUUUCCCGUCCCCUGCGGAAAGGUCCCCUGGCCAGACGGGCUGGUGGGGUCCGGAGCUGGACUAGCGCCGGACUCUUGCGCGCCGGGCCCCUGCCACUCUUGCUUCCCUGCCACCCUGUCAGACUGGGCUCUUCCAAUGUUUGUUCUCCAGCCCAGCAGCUUUGGGAUCCGCCCUCCCCCAGACUAGCGGUCCCGGCAUCCAAAACAAAACGGUGGGGUUUCCGGUUGGUUGAUGACGACGACGGGCGCCGUUGCUGCUAGCCUACCUACCUAUCUAUCUAAGAGGAUCCAUCUAGGCCUUAUCGACAGCUAUGUAGAACGCAACUGCCGACCGAUAGUCGGACCGGAGCAGAGUCUGAUGGGCAGGCACCUGGGGUGGGGUGGCCACGCACAAUACCAUCUACUCUCACCGUCUUGGUGCAUAACACGAACACGUCGCCUAGCUGGCUGGGAUCUCAUUGCCGGAAUAACUUGCCAGACGGCCUCGUUCCCUGACACGGCGCAACACGACCACCGCGUGCGCGGGCCCGGCGCAAUGGUCGAACCGGCCGCCGCCCGUCAGUGAGAUCCACCUUCCUGGCCGGGAUCGUCCUGCGUUGAGAUAAUCGAAAUUCCCGUGACUCGCUCGUCAGAACCCACCUGGGACGCGCCGUUUGGGAGCUUCUUGGCCUCCAAGUUGACGAAAACCUUAUGCCAGGAACCUGCCUCGUUGGGCGUGGUUUGGCGAGAUGAGCCGGCGCGGGUGCCGCGUCAGGUGCCGCUCGUUCUCUGCGGCCAACUUUGUUUGGCGGAUUUUUCGGUUCGGUUUCUGUUCCUGGCCUUGUUGCCAGCUGCGCCCCGCGAAGGUGCCGGGUACCCUAUUCAACAAACACCUGCCUAUCUGGUUGCUGACUUGUUUUCGUCUCGAAUUUAUAAGCUCGUGGAAUGUUUCGGCAUUUGAUCGUAUUUUCGUAUUCGAUACGGGCACCCAUCCGGUCUGCCUGGAGGCAUUGGUUGCUUUUGCUGCUCUCGACGCUGCCCUAUGCACAAUAUGAAAAUGACCAAAUCAAGAAAAUAGACGGCUUUGCGCGUUGAGCUUAUAUCCGUCAUUCUUUAGUCUCUCUCUCAUCAGGGGGGUUUUUUUUUCACGCUUUCGUCUUGGUAUUUAUGAUCCCUGAGAGACGUCAAGAUGAACGGGAUCCUUGUUGGAGACACUGCAAACUGGGGUCUCCAUGCCUCGAAUGCAUGCCUCCCGCGUGACAGCGGCAAACAAGCGAGUUUAAUGUGACUUUUCCAGGCAUGUCAUCUCGCCUCGUUGACGCCAGGAAACGCAAUCCAAAAUCAUACCUCACAUCUCCUCGGAGAGUGGUGGCACUGUUCCCUGGC